GACAGGGGCAGCCAGCAGUCCCACAGGUGUUGCAUCAUGAGUGUGUCUGUGCUGAGCCCCAGCAGACUCCCGGGAGGCAUUGGGCUCCUCCAAGUGGCCUCCCUGCUGGUCCUGUUUCUGCUGCUGCUCAAGUCAGCUCAGCUCUUCCUGCAAAGGCAGUGGUUGCUCAGAGCCCUCCAGCAGUUCCCGGGCUCUCCCUCCCACUGGUUCUUUGGGCACAGCCGGCAGAUCCAAAAGGACAAGGAGCUGCAGCAGAUUCUGAAGUGGGUAGAGAAAUUCCCAAGUGCCUGCCCUUACUGGGUAUGGGGGAGCCAUGCCCGUGUCCAGAUCUAUGACCCUGACUACUUGAAGCUGAUUCUGGGGAGAUCAGAUCCAAAGGAUCAUGGUUUCUACAAAUUCCUGGCUCCCUGGAUUGGGUACGGUUUGCUCCUGUUGAAUGGGCAGACGUGGUUCCAGCACCGGCGCAUGCUGACCCCAGCCUUCCACUACAACAUCCUGAAGCCCUACGUGGAGCUCAUGGUGGACUCUGUCCAGGUGAUGCUGGACAAGUGGGAAGAGCUCAGCAGCCAGGACUCCCCUCUGGAGAUCUUCCAACACAUCUCCUUGAUGACCCUGGACACCAUCAUGAAGUGUGCCUUCAGCCACCAGGGCAGCAUCCAGCUGGACAGGAACUCCCGAUCAUACAUCCAGGCUGUUGGGGACCUGAAUAGCCUGUAUUUUCAUCGCGUACGGAAUGCCUUUUACCAUUAUAACAUCAUCUACAGCCUGACCACAGAUGGACGCUCUGCCCAGCGUGCCUACGAGCUUGCCCAUCAGCACACAGACCGAGUGAUCCAGCUGAGGAAGGCUCACCUGCAGGAGGAAGGGGAGCUGGAGAAAGUCCAGAGAAAGAGGCACUUGGAUUUCCUGGACAUCCUCCUCCUAUCCAAAAUGGAGAAUGGCAGCAGCUUGUCAGACAAGGACAUCCGUGCCGAAGUGGACACGUUCAUGUUCGAGGGCCAUGACACCACAGCCAGCGGCAUCUCCUGGAUCCUCUAUGCUCUGGCUGCUCACCCUGAGCAUCAGCAGAGGUGCCGAGAGGAGAUCCAGAGCCUCCUGGGGGAUGGAGCCUCCAUCACUUGGGCCCACUUAGACCAGAUGCCCUAUACCACCAUGUGCAUCAAGGAGGCACUGAGACUCUAUCCACCGGUGCCCAGCAUUGCCCGGGAGCUCAGCAAACCCAUCACCUUCCCUGAUGGACGCUCCUUGCCCAAAGGUAUCGUAGUCUCACUUUCCAUUUAUGGCCUUCACCACAACCCGAAGGUGUGGCCCAACCCUGAGGUGUUUGACCCCUCCCGGUUUACACCAGGUUCUGCUCAACACAGCCAUGCUUUCCUGCCUUUUUCGGGGGGAGCAAGGAACUGCAUUGGGAAACAAUUUGCUAUGAAUGAGCUGAAGGUGGCUGUGGCCCUGACCUUGCUACGUUUUGAGCUGCUGCCUGAUCCCACCAGGAUCCCCAUCCCCAUACUACGAAUUGUGUUAAAAUCCAAGAAUGGGAUCAACCUGUAUCUCAGGAAGCUCCCUAAACCUUAUGGGAAUCGGCUCUGAGGGCUCCCAUCUGCCAUGGUGCUCUCCUGUCCCCUGAUCCUAGUCGCUGCCUGUCCACAUCCUGCUAUCUACCACCUACCCUUUCUUCUUUCUAUCCUGCUCAUGUCCCUGUGUCUGUCUGCCCUCAUCUCUGUCACCUUCUCUAGGCUCCCUACUUCUCUGUCCACCUGUCUCCUACCCACCUGCAUCACUGCCUGUCCACCUAACUCCGACCUCCUGCCUGCCCUCCUGCCUGUGUGCCCCUAUACCUGUCCUAUUCCUUUCUGCCUGCUGAUCUGCCCUGUCUCAGUUUCCUACUGCUGCUGUAAUCAACUAGCACAAUCUUCCAGACUUCAAAUAAUAAAAAUUUAUUACAUAUGC